AAAGCCACCACUCACCCGUCUCUUCAAACACACACAUCUUAUUAAGUUCUUCCUUCAUUCAUAGAGAAAAGCGGCGCUCAAAAGCAAAUCAAAUUCACCCUUGUGAUUUUAAUUUUUGUUACGAUCUCUCUCUAAAUCAACAACACAAACAACCAUGGUGAUCAUCUCCGAAGAAGAAGUUGAAGUGCAAUCCGUUCCGGUUGAAAAGCCCAAGGAAUCCGGCAACCCGCAAUCCCCGCCGGUAGAGGCGGAGAAACCCAAGCCGGCUGCGGCAGAGGAGAAGAAGCCGGAACGCCAACGCCCGAACAAGGAGAACGGCUUGGACAUGGAAAACUACACGUGGGGCCAAACCCUUCAGGAGGUGACGAUAAACGUCGCCGUUCCAGCGGGUACAAAUGCUAGGUCUGUGGUUUGCGAGAUUAAGAAGAACCACAUCAAAAUCGGGUUGAAAAAUCAGGACCCGGUUCUGGAAGGAGAACUGUUGGAGCCCAUCAAGCCGGAGGACUCGUUCUGGAGUUUGGAAGACAAGAAGAACGUGUCGGUCCUGCUGACGAAGGCGAAGAAGAACUCGAACUGGUGGAAGAGCCUGGUGAAAGGGGGACCGGAGAUCGAUACGAAGAAGGUGGAGCCGGAGACGUCGAAGCUGGCGGAUCUGGAUCUGGAGACGAGGGCGGCGGUGGAGAAGAUGAUGUUUGACCAGCGCCAGAAACAGAUGGGGCGUCCGACCAGCCAGGAGAUGGAGCAGCAGGAGAUGAUGAAGAAGUUGAGGGAGCAGUUUCCCGACAUGGAUCUUUCAAAGAUGAUGGCUGGUGGUGGUGGUGGAAACAUGAUGAUGGGCGGUGGUGGUGAUUAACCGAAUUAUUAAUCUGUUGUUGUGUUUAGGGUUUCUUGAUCUGAGGGAAUUUGAGUAGUUGUUGUUGUUGUAGGGUUUGGGGGUUCUGUUAAUUAUCCUUUGUUAGAAUUGUUGUUUGGAGCUCUUGAUAAACCUUAUCCCAAUUCCCAUCCCCCAAACAAAUUGUUAUAUUAAUGCAAUUUCAAUUUUCAAUUGCUGUGUUUUGAUUAUUGUUCUUUCCAUUCUGUAGUGUGUUAGC